AUGAGCGUCGAACCACCCAUGGUGUCAAACAACAUUUUAGCAGGUAUAACGAACCCCUCGACAGCCUACGGACCAGGAAUGAAAGCUGGAAGAAAGUUCUCUUCGGCAACAGACGAAAGCACCAUCCCCGCCACAAUGCGAGCCCUAUACUACUCGCCCGCAGCAGCGCUAAACAACAACACGUAUCCAACCACCGACUCCCCACGAUUCAGAGAAGAUAGCACAGCCAUCAGCCCGCGAAGCCAAUCCUUAGCCUUCAACCCCAGAGCUGAGUCGAACCCAUUCGGGGACGAGAGGAGAAGCCCCAGCCCCGGAACGAUUCCUGACACAAGAGCCACCUCCGUCGCGAAUCCAAGGGCAAGUGGAAGUUCACUUCCGAGUACCAAGCCAGGCCCAGCGGGGUCUCUUAUUCUGGACAACUCAUUUCCAACUCCGCAGCCGGCAACGCACCAGUACCUGCUUAGAGUACAAACUGCAGCCUUCUGUCAAGAUGAACUGCGUCUCGCGAUGUCACUCAAUCCUCCCAAGACAACGCCGCAGAUUCCGUUGCAUAGUAUUUGUGGUAGGGUUGUCACGACUCCCCCACAGGACCCUGACCGGCCUCUUGGACCGAAGUACAGAAUUGGUGAUGUGGUCUGGGGUCUUCUGAGCUAUGCGCGAGAUGGCGGAGCAGCGGAGUAUGUCGUCGCGAAUGAAGAAGAAUUGGCGCUGAAGCCGUCAAACAGCACAUCCGCCCAAGCGGCUGCGCUGGCUUUGCCUGCCUUAACGGCCUGGCAGGCGCUUUUCAGGGUUGCGGGAAUAGAUCCUGAUGCCCCUGUUGAUGGGAAUGGACAUAAUGGUACCGAGAGCGUGAAUAGGAAGGGGAGUGGUGCUAGUAGCAGCAGAGGGAGUGUUCGGAACAAUGUGAAUGGAGGCAAUGGUACCUCUGAGCAAAGGGACAUGAUACCAAGUCUCAGAAGCCCCAGAAGGGGUAGUGAGUCUUAUGGACGCAAGUUCAGCCUUGCAAGCCUCACUGGCUCCGGCAGUGGUGAGGGCGGACGCAAACUCAGUCUUGCCAGCCUUACUGGUAGGGGCAGUGCUAGUAGCAGUGGCAGCGGCAAUGGUGAUGGAGGACGCAAAUUCAGCUUUUCCAGUAUCGGCAGCAUGGCCGCGGCUGGCGGACGCAGAUUAAGUAUGAUCAAUCCUACUGGUGGUAGCAAUGGAAUUGGCGACGCGCUUAAAAAGAAGAAACCACUGCGGGUACUUGUGACCAACGCCCGAGACAACGAAGUCGGUCGUGUAGCAGUGCAACUGCUACGAGCCGACAAACUUUUCCCGCCGAAGGUUCGGCCCUGGAUCUGCGUGACCUGUACAGUAGCGGAACAGGCCGUUGUCCGUGAUGAUCCGAUGGUGGAUGAGACGCUUGUGAUCCCGCAUCUUCCUACGAAAGAAGAAUGUGAUCUCGGGCUUAUGUUCCGGUCUCGAAGAUGGGGCCCUGUCGAUAUUGUACUGGAUUGUACGGGUGGAGAGGUUUUUCGACAGGCUCAUUCGAAGGAUGUGGUGAGCGACGGUGGGGCUGUCUUGACUGUUGUGGAUCCUGAGCCUACGAAGGAUUCGGCUCAUGAACAGGAGAUGGCGAAACAGCAGAAACGGGGACUCAAAAGUCGGUUUGUUCCUGUGAAUCCUGACGGUGCGGCGCUAAGGCGGAUUACUGAGUUGGUGGAGGCCCGAGUGUUGAGAGGACGAGCGGAACUUCAGGUUGAUCUGGGCAAUGCAGCGCGGUUGCUUGAGGGCAAGGCUGCUGGUGCAGCAGGAAGUCGUCGCGGGGAAAUGAUAGUCGUUCUUGUUAAUCCUAUUUGUUAA